AGUAAUAGGGAGCUUCGAGCGCAUGCGCAGAUAUGUACAGGGGGGGUUUCCGUCGGAACGUUAAAGCCGUCAAUCUUCUGACAGACACACACAAAGAACGCUGACCUGGAACAUACUGCAGCUGGAAGAACUUCAGAGGAACCCUCCGAGGACUUUACACUCAGUCCUUCACCCACUUCCUGUUCCGCUUCCUUCAGGGAAUUUUACUUAACGAGGCCUCGAGAGACGGCGAGCGGCGCAGACGUGAAACGUGAACUCCAGGCAAAGCGGCAGGACGGAAUAAACCUCAUCGCUUUGUUCGGAGAAAUUGAACAAUUUUUUUUUUUUUUUUUUUUUUUUUUUUUAUAUAUAUAUAUAAAUAAAGGGACGCGCAGGAAGUAAGGAAGGAGGUUUAGCGUAGAACGAUGACAGCGAUGUAAUCCGCUCCGUAUUUACGUAAAUGCUACGUGUUUGUUUUGCCGUGAUUAAACGCUAGGCGUGUGAGUGAACAAUGGCGAAAACGCGCAAGCAGGAUGUUAUGAAAUCCUACGGAGCUACUUCCUGUCCGACUCCCUCGCGUGUCUUCUUACGAUUUUAACCGGCGUAUCUGCGAGCUUCGUAUCUGUCUGACAUGCACAGAUGGGACGCUUUGUCGUGUUCGUUUGCCGUCCCAGUGGAACUGAACCUUCACCUAACCUCUUAGCCAAUCCGAGUAAGGGCUCAUGAAUAUGCAUAAGUGCGUGUGAAACCCGCAGCCCAGCGAUGGAUGGCAAGCUUCGAGACGAUUUGUUCCGGAGGUACACGGCGUUCCUGGAGAAGCGGCUGGAAGAAGGAGUGGGCGGAGCUCAGGGAAACGCCAGGGAGGAAGCCUUGGUCUCCACGGCGACCGCCCUGCUAGGGGCGUGUGAGGCGGAGGCGGGGCAGCGGUUUCGCACGAUCCGCUUCUACGACAUCAUCGAGAAUUCGCUAAGAGCGCUGAGGGGAGCGAACCUGCACGCGCUGGAGAGCGCCUUCGCCACACUGGAGACCAUCUGCACCAACCUGCUGCUCUUCCCCUGGAAGAAAGAGUUCCGCUGCAUUAAGACUUUCACCGGGCCGUACGUCUACCAGCUCCAGUCGGCCAUCUGCGACCCCGACCUGCGCGCCGUCCUGCGCUCCAUGGGCUACUCUCGGGAGCAGGAUCUGCAGUACGUGGUGAGGGAUCAGCACUCCGGCGCCCAUCACCUCCGCCAGCUGGCGUUCGAGCUGCUCCUGGCGCAGGCCGAGUGCCGCCUUCUGAGGGAGCGCGGAGGGGGCGUGGCCGAGCUGGAGGCUGUGGAGGCGCGCAGGAGCUCCGGCGAUGACGUCACGCGCUUAUCGGCGCGCCCGUCCGACCCCGACCGUGUCCACCUGAGGCGCAGCGGGCGCCCUUCGAAAUCCGUAGACGUGACGGACAGCGCCGGUCACUGGCACCAAGCCAACAAACCCGUCCUCAAAACCUCGCUCAGCCUUCGCAAAGAACCGCUAUUCGUCGACGCCGAAGAGGACCUGAAAGACGAGAUAAUCCGCCCUGUCGGAGAUUAUUACCCCUCUCAGCCGUCCGAGCCGUACCCGUACCACCUCUCCUCUCUGGACGAGAUCGAUCUGUACACGGAGCGCGGGAUGAGCGGCCGCCACACGCCUUCCAGGACGCCCAGCAGGGAAUCCUGGGAAUCCUGGGCGCCGAAGAGCCAUGGAUUAAAGUGUCAGGGCUGCGGGUUGAGCUCGCCGACGCUCUCUUCCUGCCAGAGGUGCGACGCCAUCCUCUGCCCGACGUGCCACGGCUCGGACCCGGCUCCCUGCUGCGGCUUUCCGGACUUCCCGAAAAACUCCUCGCGCCCUCUGGACGGCUACGUCCCGGUCAAGGAGAAGCUGUCGGUUUACUCCAGCUCGCACCCACACACCCAUACUCACGCUCACACACACACUCUGACACACACGCACCCGCUCUCACACUCACAUUCCCACUCGCCUCUUCUGGACAAGCCCAUGAUCGGCACCAAGCUGUUCCCAAGCAAGCCGGCAUCGGCGGCGGCGGCGUCCGCGUCCGUGUCCGGCGCGGGAGGAUCGCGCUGCGGCUUCUGUAACAAACCGGGAGCCUCGCACACGUGCAUCAACUGUUCCAAGGUGUCGUGCGACCCGUGUAUGAGCCUGUACAUGGGAGACGUGUGCACACGCAAGAGUCUGCACCAUAAUUUCGUACCCAACCACCAGCUCAACUACAAAUCCAGCACCAUUUCUCAUCUGGUGUAUCGAUAAAUAACCCAUCUCUACAUUUCUCCUCUUCUUCUUCUUCUCUGUUUAUCCUUCACCGUUUCGGGUUUGUUUCUCCGGCCCUUCAUCGUCCGGUCACGUGAUCUUCUCGUUCUUCCCUUACUCCUUUUACUCCUUUACUCUCCUGCCUUGACUUUCUUGAUUGUAGAGAGAGCGAAGAACAAAGUGGACGCCGGGGGGGGAGAGAGAAGAAAAAAAUUUUUAAAAACCCCGACCGGACAAUGACAUAUGCAACGGACGUCGUUGACAACGCAAAAGAACAACAAAUCUCCUCGCUCUGGAAACGAAGAAGAAGCUUGAACAAACCCGAACAAAGGGAACACACACACACAC